GCGUUAGCGAUUAAAACAAUGAAGCGCAGUGAUGGCAGCCCUGGGAGCAUCUCAGGAGCAGAGGCAGGACCAUGGCCAUGGGGUCCCACCCAGGGGGACUCAGUCAGACCCCGUUGGCGCUGCGGUUCCCAGUCUCGGGUCACGAAGUGGGCGCAUAUUUAGACAGGCACAACUCCCCUUCUUCCUCUCCCUUCUCCUCCCGACCGUGGCGACGCCUAGCCUCCCUCCUGCUGCCCGGCUCCCCCAGGCGGGGCCCGGCGGACGUGCGCUGCGCUAGCACCCGGCGGCCGGACGGGACAGGACGCGCCCGCCCCGCCCAGCCUGGGAGGCCCGGGGAAGGGGGGAGGAAGUGCCGAGGCGUGUUUGUUAAGGUUUGGGGUUAUUAUUAAUUUUUAAACCGUGAACAUAAAAUAGUAACGACGAAUGGAAGGGACUUCAUAAUGGGAAAAUAGCAACCCGUAGACCCCGUCGGCGCACACGACUUAGGGGCAUCCCCCGCGAAGAAUUAUACAGACCCCGCGCCAGCCAGAGUGUCUCCACAGUUCUGGAUGGAGGGUGUUUAAAACCGUCUAAACAGUUGACGUCUGAGGCCCCCACGUUCAGGCUUUAGGUCGGCUGUGUGCUGGCGCCGAGAUGGGCAGUUGGGAACAGAGCCAAGUCCAAGUAACCCCCCCAUCCUCAGAAAUCACAGAGUGCCGGCCUGCGGGGGUAGAGGAGGGGCUCUCGAAAGGCCUCUGGAGAAGGUGGCAUUUCUUUGUGUUCGGUGGGAUUUGGCCCCACGAAGGGAACAGCGCGUUCCAGGCGGAGGGAACAGCGCUUACGAAAGCCCUGAGACGGUCAGGCACUCGGCUUCUCUCUCCGGGAACGCUAGGUGGCUUGGGCACGGUGGGUGGACGCGCGGUGGGGCAGUUGAGAGAGGUCAGCAGGGGGCUUCCAGGAGCAGGGAGCGGGAAUUUUCACACCUUACAGACCCUAGGCUACUCAGCGAUGACGGUCACAGUCAAGAGCAUACUUAAGUGGAUUUGCACAGUUGUCUGGGGCUAGCAAAGGGUCUUCGCUCGCUCAAGAUGCCCCUGCGAGGUGGCCCCUGAGACCAUCAUAGGGGACACAAUACUCAUUUUAGAAAUGAAGUAGCAUUAGCCGGUUUCCCCAAUGAGGAAAAUUAGGUCGUUAGUCGGGAGUCCUCGGAAUGUGCAGAGAUGGAGCCAUGCCGCCCUGGGGCGCUCCCCCGCCCGAGUGCUCGGGGCGGGAGGGCGGACCUUGGCCCGGGGGCCAGGCAGCCUGGAACUGUGGGCCGGGUGCAGGGCCUGCCACGCAGCCGCAAAGACUCGGCCCAGCCGGCGGGCGGCAGGAAGGGAGGCGACGCCCCCUGGAGCGCUACAGGAACCCGGCCGGGCCCGCCUCCUAGUCCGCCCAGCCGCGCCGGCCCCAGAAGUGAUGAAAGACGCGGUGGAGUCCUGGUCACGCCGAAGCCGUUGCCCUUUUAAGGGGGAGCCUUGAAACGGCGCCCGGGUUCCAUGUUUGCGUCCGCCUCGCGGGGAGGAAACUCCAUGUUGUAACAAAGUUUCCUCCGUGCCCCCUCCCUCCCCCUCCCCCCAGAACCUGGCUCCCCUCCCCUCCGAAGCUUGCGGGGAUCCCUUCCUCCCACCCCUCCCCUCCCCCCCGCGCCCCGAUUCCGGCCUGAGCCGGGGGGGAGGCCGGGCGCCCGGGCCAGAGUCCGGCCGGAGCGGAGCGCGCCCGGCCCCAUGGACAGCUCGGCCGUCAUUACUCAGAUCAGCAAGGAGGAGGCUCGGGGCCCGCUACGGGGCAAAGGUGACCAGAAGUCAACAGCUGCCCAGAAGCCCCGCAGCCGGGGCAUUCUCCACUCACUCUUCUGCUGUGUCUGUCGUGACGAUGGGGAGGCCCUGCCCGCCCACAGCGGGGCACCUCUGCUCGUGGAGGAGAAUGGUGCCAUCCCCAAGCAGACCCCAGUCCAGUAUCUACUCCCCGAGGCCAAGGCCCAGGACUCAGACAAGAUCUGCGUGGUCAUUGACCUGGACGAGACCCUGGUGCACAGCUCCUUCAAGCCAGUGAACAACGCCGACUUCAUCAUCCCUGUGGAGAUUGAUGGGGUGGUCCACCAGGUCUACGUGCUGAAGCGGCCUCAUGUGGAUGAGUUCCUGCAGCGAAUGGGCGAGCUCUUUGAAUGUGUGCUGUUCACUGCCAGCCUGGCCAAGUAUGCAGACCCAGUAGCUGACCUGCUGGAUAAGUGGGGGGCCUUCCGAGCCCGACUGUUUCGAGAAUCCUGUGUCUUCCACCGGGGGAACUAUGUGAAAGACCUGAGCCGACUGGGCCGAGACCUGCGGCGGGUGCUUAUCCUGGACAACUCGCCUGCCUCCUAUGUCUUCCAUCCAGACAAUGCCGUACCAGUGGCCUCAUGGUUUGACAACAUGAGUGACACAGAACUCCACGACCUCCUCCCCUUCUUUGAGCAACUCAGCCGCGUGGAUGACGUGUACUCAGUGCUCAGGCAGCCUCGUCCUGGGAGCUAGUGAGGACAAUGGGGCCAGGAACUGCCCCUGACCGACACCCACACCUCCUCCCACACAGACUCUGCACAGGAGUGUUCUUCGUUGAGGAAACCCAUGGGCCGCUGCCAUGCUCAGUGCCAUGGGGAAGAAGGCAUCUCCCCUGCCAGCUGCACCAGGCUGUGUAGGGGCAGCAGCUGCACCAAGGACAAUGAGUCCCUGGGCCCCUGUGUCAGUGCCUUCAAACCUCCUCCCCACUUCUCGGGGGGGAUUGGGGGACCCUUUCCGUCACUCCCCCUUUCUGUCUCCUCUCUCCAUGCUGCCAUGUUUCUCUGCUGCCAAAUUGGGCCCCUUGGCCCCUUCCAGUUCUGCUUUGAGGGGCAGGGUUUCUUCUGCCCCCUGCCUUGGACCUCCGGCCUGGGAACAGUGGACACCAAGUGCCUUUCAUAGAGCCCCCUUUUCCCCAUUCAGCUUUCCCAGGGUCAUAUCCAGGUCAGCUCUAGACUGGUGGGGCAGAACCAGUCCCCAUCCCACCUCCUUCCUUGGGACUUGGGAGCCCCCACCAAUCUCUGCCUCUGCUUAGAGGGGACAGAAGGUUUGUUACCACUGGUGAAGGGAGCUGGGGUCUGUCACUCAGGCCCUGUAGUCUAGCUUCUUUAGGGCUGGCUGCUCCCUGCAUCACCCAAGUCCCAGCCCCUUACUUCUGCCUUAACUACCCCAAGGCCCUGGGGUUUAGCUCCCCCUAAGUGUGGGGGCAUAGGCAGGACCCCUUGUGGUGCCAUAUAAAUAUGUAUAUGUGUAUAUAGAUUUUUAGGGGAAGGAGCGAGGGAAGGGUCAGUGUAGAUACCCUUCCUUCACCCCUUUCCUGGGCCCAGAAGUUGGGGGGAGGGAGGGAAAGGAUUUUUACAUUUUUUAAAGCGCUGUUUUCUGAAUGGAACAAGCUGGGCCAAGGGGCCCCAGGCCCUGUCCUCUGUCCCUCACACCCCCUUUGCUCCAUUCAUUCAAAAAGCAUUUAUUGAGCACCUUCUGUGCCCAGCACUACGCUAGGCCCACCAGCUAAGUGUGUGAAGGUCUCUGCCACCUAAUGGUGCCUCCCCACCCGCCCAACUUCACUGGUGCCUUUGAGGGAGCUGCAGGAGGUGGGACCUAACUGGGGUUUAGGGGUCUCUAGGAAGCCUAGCCAAGCUGUCCCUCACCCCCCUCCCUGCUACCCCUCUCCCUAUAAUCCCCUGUCUUGCCCCCUGCUGGCUGGGGGCAGUUCCCACUCUGAAACCCUCAUGCAUGCUGAGUCCGGAGGUCAAGGCCUUGGGCUCUUCCCACAGAGUCUAACGGUUAAGGGGACCCAUAUACCAGUGCCAAGGGGGAUGUCAAGUGGAAAUGUAGCCUUCCCCACCCCAGCUCAGGGUGCAGGAGGGAUAUGGUUGACUUGAAUUGGGUGACCUUCCCAUCUAAGUGCCUUCUCUGAGAGCCCCACUGUGUGAUGAGAACUAAAGAGAAAGCCAGACCCCCA